AUGUUGAUAGGUAAUACCGCUCUUAUAGCGGGAUUAGGACUUUCGUUUCUUGGUCAAGUCUUCAGUUUAGGUGAAGAAAGAGUAAUCUCAUUCCCUACUCUCUCUGAACUCGAAGGAAGGGAAUCAUAUGACCAUUUCAUCGAGAAUCAAAUUGGUCAAGUCCCAUUUUAUUCAUCGAGAAACGAGAAGAAGACAAGCCAUCAAGAACAUUUCGUAUUAGCUUCAAAACAUCAUAAACACGCUACGCCAUUAUUGUUAGAUUCGAAAGACGAUCAAGCUAUUCACGUUGCGGCUCAAACUUUCGCUGAAGAUGUACAUAAAGUGACUGGACAAAGGCCAAGGCUCUAUAAUGAUACUUUACCUCAUAGUAUCGAAAGAGCAUUGAUUGUAGGAAGCAUCAAUAGUGACCUUGUCAAAAACGUCAAGGGCGUAAAGAGGGACGAAUUGGAAGGAAAAUGGGAAUCUUACUCCAUAGGUUGGGAAGAACAACCUUUGAAAGGUUUGAAGGAAGGUCUAAUCAUCACCGGUUCUGAUAGAAGAGGAACAAUUUAUGCUUUAUAUACUUUAUCUGAACAAAUGGGUAUUUCACCCUGGUAUUUCUGGACUGAUACUCCCGUUCGACCAAAAGAUAUUGUGGCUUUCAAUCGAACUAAGAAAUUGAAUCAUGGUGAACCAACUGUAAAAUACAGAGGUUUGUUCAUCAAUGACGAACAUCCAGCAUUAUGGGGUUGGGCUCAACAACAUUGGAAUAGAGAUCCUUGGGAAACCGCUUUCCAAGUUGAAAUGUAUGAGAAAUGGUUCGAAAUGAUGUUAAGAUUAAAAUCGAAUUAUCACUGGCCAGCAAUGUGGGCAAGUAUGUUCGAUGUAGAUGGACUUGAUAUAUCGAAUGGAAUGCCAAAGAUACCUACGCCUGGACCUAAUCAAGUAUUAGCUAAUAAAAUGGGUGUUGUAAUGGGUACUUCACACCAUGAACCAAUGUCAAGGAAUAAACCAGAAUGGGAUUCUUUCGGUGUUGGAAAAUGGGAUUACAACGAAAACAAAGAUACCUUGACUGAGUUUUGGAAAUAUGGUGCUGAAAGAGCUAAAGGGAUGGAAACUCUUUUCACUUUGGGAAUGAGAGGUGAUGGUGACGAGCCUUUGAGUGGAGCAAGUAACGCUCUUGUUCAAAAUAUUACAAAUGCCCAACUUGGUCUACUCGAUGAUGUUUACGGUGAUGGUUCCGAUAAAAUCAGUAAAAUGUGGUGUAUGUACAAGGAAGUUGCAGGUUAUUACAUGAAUGGGCUCGAAGUGCCUGAUGAUGUGACCGUCCUCUUUGCCGAUGACAAUUACGGUAAUUUGAUGUCUGUCCUGCCAACUGACAAGCAAGAUCAUAAAGCCGGUGCUGGUAUAUACUAUCACGUUGACUAUGUCGGUUUCCCAAGAGAUUACAAAUGGACGAACACAAUCAACCUAGCCAAGACUUGGGAACAGAUGAACCAUGCAAGAUCAUUCAACACCACUUCGAUAUGGAUCCUCAAUGUCGGUUCAUUGAAACCGCUCGAAAUGCCAUCUGAGCAUUUCUUAGCGUUGGCCUACGAUUCUGACGCUUGGCCAAGAAACAGCGUUGGGAAGUUCCUAAGAGCUUGGGCAGAGAGGGAAUUCGGAGAAGAAGUCGCUGAAGAAACAGCUAGCAUCAUGUCCAAGUACUCGUUAUAUGCCGGAAGAGGAAAGGCUGAAUUGAUUAAUGGAACUACUUUCUCCCUCACUAAUUACGAAGAAGCUGAAAGAGUUCUUGCUGGCUGGAACGACCUGGUUGUUCGAGCAGGCAAGGUUUACGAGAAACUCGACAAAGCUACUAAACCAUCUUUCUUCCAACAAGUAUACAUGUUGUGUGCUGGACAAGCAAAUUUGAAUAGGUUGCACAUCGCGGUUGGCAGAUCCCAUCUAUAUGCUUUCCAAGCUAGAACAGCCGCCAAUGAGUUUGCCAAAGAGGCCAUCGAAGCUUUCUACAAUGAUGCCAAUAUCACUGAGACUUUCCAUUCUAUGCUUAAUAGGAAAUGGGAUCAUAUGUGGGAUCAGGUUCAUGUCAACUAUUAUGGAGCUUUAGAGCCUAUUAGAGAUUCCUUACCAGCUGUCAAAUUCGUCAAUCCAUAUCUACCUUCAAGACCUGGAAUCCCAAUCAAAGAGCAUGCUUUACCGGGAUACGUAGCUUAUCUGCGAGUGACAGCUGAAAACUUCGUCGGAGCAUGGCCAGGAGACACAGGUAAAAACUGUGAUGCUUUAUUCAAAUGUCCUGAUCCAACUUUACUCACUAUGGAUCCGUAUGGAGCUAAAACGAGAUGGAUCGAUAUCGGUUCAGGUGGACCUAAAGAUACUAAAUUUACCUUGAAAACAGAUCAUGAUUGGUUAAAGAUCAGUGAAAGCAAAGGUCAAGUCAAAUGGGACGGUUCAGAUGAUACAAGAAUCUAUAUCUCUAUUAAUUGGGAUAAAGUAAAAAUCCCAAAAGAUUUUAAGGAAAAUAACGAGAUUUAUAAAACCGAAGGACAUGUUUUGAUUAAAGGUAAUGAUCGAACAAAUGUUACAAUCACUGUACCCAUCGAAGUUCCGCCUUCGCCCCCAUCAGAUUUCAAAGGUCAUAUUCAAGGUGACGGUUAUCUAGUCAUUGAAGCUGCUCAUUUCACCAGAAGAUCUUCGAAGGAUGGAUACGCUUUUGAAGAGAUUGAAGGGUAUGGAAGAACUUUAUCUGGUGUUGAAAUGUUACCUUCUUCAACUCAAAAUUUCACUGUUGGUCAAGGUCCAGAAUUAGAAUAUGAUUUCUGGACACAUGGCGAUAACGGGAAAAACGCAAAAAAUGUUGAAGUAAUCGUGCAAAUUGGUCCAACAAACAAUUUCAUCGUUGGGAAAGAAUUAGCUUUUGGUAUUCAACUAGAUGAUCAAUCACCUAAAGAAAUCCAUCCUAUUCCAACACUAUUAUUGACUGAUAAUGUGAAUGAAGAACCAUUCAAACGAAGCGCCGUGGGUGCCGUACCUUCCGAUUGGGAAAAUGCAGUUUCAAGCGAAAAUAGAAACGCUACUUUGUCUUUCAAAUUAGAUGAUUCUUGGAAAUCAAGUGGGAAACACACAGUCAAAUUAUAUGGUAUGACCACUGGUAUCGUAUUUGAAAGGAUUUGGAUCGAUUUUGGAGGUAUAAAAGAAAGAGGUUAUAGUUACCUCGGUCCUCCAGAGAGUGUAAGGGUAUAA